AUGAUGAUCGGAAGCUUAACCAAUUCCACCACCACUACUGCUACUUCUACUACUUCAAGAUCAUUAUCAACAAAUGCUCCUCUGACUUAUUCUACUCAACCAACCAGUAAGAUGAAUUCUCAUCAUUCAUCAUGCAACAAGACUUUCGUUCAUCAGAAACAACCACCACAACCACAACGGAUGCAAUCGAAAGGAACGACCAGCAGCACUAGCAACCCCUCCACGACUCGGUCAGUCAAGCAACAGCCUCACCUCUCCUCUUUCAUGAAAACCACUUCGUAUUCUCUCUCAACAACUGUUGGAGGUGCAAAUCAUGAUGUUGUUGGAAUGAGUCAGAAGAAUGUCUUAAAGACACCUUCCACAAGAACAACAACAACAACCAGCACCAACCAUAACACUCCAUGUCAUUCCAAAGGAUCUACAAUGAGUCAUAGUGGCAGUAUUGGUAGUAGUAACUAUGCCACUCCUCUCUCUACACCAUUGAGGCCGUGUAGUAGCAGUCAUAGCUUCACCAAAUCGACUUUGAACAGUCUAUCGACCCAAUCCACAUGCAAAACAGUUGCAACUACAAGUACUCCAUUCUUGGAUGAAUUUCAUACAUCCUCUGGGCGUGAAUGGUCUCGUGGUAAAACCCAUCGUCACAAUUCUACUGAUUUUCAUUGUACUUCCAAGAGUAUGACUUGUCCAAAUUCUCCCAAUUUGACUUCUCUCUCACCGACCUUACAACCCUUAUCGACAAGUUUUGUGGAUCAAGAACAUUCACUUCUCAACCACAUGAAACGACGAAUGGAGAAGAAUGAUCAAGAACCUCAUCCUCAUGACAAGAAGGAAGCAUCUACUCAAUUCCCAAAAACUCUCCAAGUAUUGGAGCCUUUAGACGAUGAUUUGAGAAUACUCGAAGAGGGUUUUCCAAUUCAUUGUCGUCUCCCAACAAUGACCAUUCGUCCACAAGAUGCUUCUUCCAUUACAUUAAUGAACCAUAAGAGUGGAAAUGAUUUGACAGAUCCAACCACACCGACCAAUGCUACCAAGGUCUUAUCUUCCACAUCUACCACUUCACCCUUACUUUAUAUACAUCAGAACCAUCAUCAUUCUCUCUUUGAAGAGAAGGAUUUGAACAAGACUGUGACUCUUUCAACUCGAGAUGAUCAUCUUGAACCAUCUCAUACUGCUCAUCUGAACCAUGACUGCCAAUCCAUUAUUGAGAACAGUGAUGUUGUAAACGACCACACAUCAUCACCAAAUAAGCCAAUUGUAUUGGGUAGUACGAGCAACAUUGCUUCACAUCAUCAACCACAUCACGAGACAUCAAAUUAUCAUGCUGUGAGUAGUUGUAGAAACACAAUUUCUGUUCCUCAAAAAAACACCGAAAUUGCUUGUGAAAGAGUUGUGUCACCUGGUAGCAGCAGUAGCAGCCUCAAUUUUCAAAGUGACCACACUACUACAACAACAAUCACACAACAACAAGAAGGCUCAUUGUUCGAUAAGAAGACUCUUGAGCCUUCAGUUAGUAUUCAACAACCUGAUCUCUUGAGUAGUCAUCAGCAGCAACAACAACAACACGAUACAAAAUUCCAUCAAGGCUUGCAUUCAACUCGAGUUGAUCCUUUUUCGAACCCAUCAACAACUGCUCUUCUUUCUUCAACACAGACUCCCAAAGAAAAAGAAACACCUCAUCUCUCAACCAACAUGAUGAAAGCUUGCAUGCCAAGUAAUGGUUGUGGUGUAUCUGCAAUCUCUCAUCAUGGAAACAACACCAUGAUGGGCAAAAAUCAUGUGCAAGCUUGCAAAAAGUACACAAGAACCGACUGUUCAGACUUGGAUCAUCAACCAACACUUGAAUUUGUAAGAGUUCUUUUGGGUCAGAGCAAAGAGUCGGACCAUACGACCACUCAUCCCAAACGAAAUGCCACAAACAUGACUGUCCAUCCUUCUGCUGGUCACCACCACACCAAGAGAUCAAGCACUAUGAAUGUGUUACGAUACUCGUAUGAAAGCGAUGAUGAAGAUAGAAAUGCCUAUGAGUUGUCACCACUCCAUAGCAAUUCGAAAAUUUAUUAUGUCGAUCAAAUUCUCUCAUCCGGUGAUAAAGAUUGUUAUGAUCAAAGUAAGGACAUGAGUCAUGAUGAAGAUGAAGCACUUCAAGAAUGGGAAAGAACCAAGCAGAAAUACAAGAAUGCGUUCAAAAGAAGAACAAAUAUUCCAAAUCCCAAUAACAAUAACCUUAGUCGUAACUAUUCAGGUAAUAUGGGUGAAAAUUUAAGAAUGGUCACUGAAAAGGUUUGCCACCUCCAACAAGUGAAAAUGGACUUGGAAGAACAGACACAAGAAAUUCAGAAUAUUUGGGAGAGUUUAGUGCACGAAGAUUUAGUGUGGCAAGUGGAAGAUCUAAUUGUUCAGUCAGCUUUGUGCAUUUGUGGAGAUUUGAAUAGCACUAAAUCCAUUCAAACACUUUUUAACAUGAUCUGUGAAACAGAGAAUGAAAUGGUGAAUGCACUCGAAGAUUUGAUUGAUUUUAUAUUUUGCUCCACACGAAGAUCAUGCAAAAAACAUUCCAUUAAUUUUAACAUGAUUUUAGAAUUGGUGAAAGACUCUUCCUCGCUGUGCGCCAACGUUCUUUCCAAGCACCAAAACCACUUGUCUUCCCAAACUGCGGUAGCUUUGAAUUCACAACGCUACAAACUAGAUCAACAAGCUUUUCAAAAGCAACAACACACCUCUUAUUAUUUUAAUAAUAACAAGAAAACUCUUAUGGAUGGGCAUACCAGUCAGUUGCAUAACCACCAACCGCAUCAUCAGAAAAAGAAUGUCACAGUCCUCUCUCCACAUAGCACAGCUCACAGAAACCAAACUGCUCAACCCACGACCAAACACCAUGCUCUUCCUGCUAAAAUGAUACCAUCCUCUCCUCAAAUUCAAACGAAUGAUUCGAAGCCUAAACGUCACAUCUCAUUCUCUGAGCUCGAAAAUAAGGAAAGUUUUUUACAAUUACUCGGCAUUGGAAAGAGAAAAGAAUUGCUCGAGUCCAUUCGAAGUAUUGUGGAAGUACUUCUCGAAGUGUCCUCUGUCGUGCUGCAUUCGAACGAAGACAAAAUUGAAUCUCUCGAUAAUUCCUUCAAGGAAAUGAUUUCAACAUAUUCGAAAAUUAUUAGUGAUAUUGAAGACUUUGCACCUCAUCGAUUGUUUAAUGUGUUUUGA